AUGAAUUUGAAGAAUGUAAGCUAUCAGUUUCAUAUCAUGAUAAUUCAUACCAAAAUGAAUUAUAUCCUAAUGAAUCUUACCAAGGUGAACUACAUCAAGAUGAAUCUUGCCCAAAUAAAUUAUUAUCCCAAGUAGAACCUUCAACUUGUGAUAAAGCAAAUGAAGAGUAA